UGAAUUUCUCGGUUAUGCCGCUGAUGAGCAGCAGCGCUGCACACCAGCGCUAUCGACUAAAUUUUCAGUGACACGCCCCCUUCGUUGGAUUUUGGGAAAAAUGGCGAGCUCCAAGUUAAGUGCUUAUUUCAGCAAAUUCCCAGGCCUCAAGAGAUGGGCUUACAACCUUUCAGGAUUCAACCAAUAUGGUUUACACAAGGACGACGUCCUGAAUGAGUCGGAUCCUGAUGUUGCCGAGGCACUUCGCCGUCUACCUCAACACCUGAGGGACGAACGCACCUUCCGCAUUGUGCGUGCCAUGCAGCUGAGCUUGCAGAAGUCUGUCCUGCCCAAGGAGGAGUGGACUAAGUUUGAGGAAGACAAGAAGUACCUUCAACCAUACCUGCGAGAAGUCGUGGGAGAGCGACAAGAAAAAGAAGAAUGGAAUAAGAACAUUUAGAUGAUGUACCAUCAGCUCUGGAUUAGAUUUCGAGGAUGUAAAUAAUAAGCCUGUUAAUUUGA